GUAUUGCUGGCCUUUUCACAAUAUUCUCAAGUUUUGUUUUUAGUACAGUGGUAAUUCACUUCUUGGAUAAAGAACUGACAGGUUUAAAUGAAGCUCUACCAUUCUUCCUGCUUCUGAUCGACCUUUCAAGAGCAAGUGCAUUAGCCAAAUUUGCACUAAGUUCCAACUCACAGGAUCAAGUAAGAGAAAAUAUUUCACGUGGAAUGGCAAUUUUAGGCCCUACUUUUACGCUGGAUGCCCUUGUGGAGUGUCUUGUUAUCGGUGUUGGUACUAUGUCAGGGGUACGGCAACUUGAAAUCAUGUGCUGCUUUGGCUGCAUGUCCGUUCUUGCCAACUACUUUGUCUUCAUGACCUUCUUUCCAGCUUGUGUGUCCUUAGUAUUAGAGCUUUCUCGAGAGAGUCGUGAAGGGCGUCCUAUAUGGCAGCUCAGUCAUUUUGCUCGUGUUCUGGAAGAAGAAGAAAAUAAACCAAACCCUGUAACACAGAGGGUCAAAAUGAUUAUGUCGCUAGGUUUGGUUCUUGUUCACGCCCACAGCCGCUGGAUAGCAGAACCAGCAGCUCAAAACAGCACUGUAGAAAACGUAGUGGGACUGGAUGAGAACGCCCCCAAGAGAAUUGAGCCGAAUGUUUCCCUGUGGCAGUUCUAUUUUUCUCGAAUGGCCAGUAUGGAUAUUGAGCAAGUAAUCACUCUUGGAUUAGCCCUUCUUCUUGCUGUGAAAUACAUUUUCUUUGAGCAAACAGAGACUGAAUCCACACUCUCUCUGAAGAAUCCCAUAACAUCGCCAGUGAUGGUUCAGAAAAAGGUCCCUGAGAAUUGUUGCAGGAAACAAUCUGGACUACCAAAAAACAACCAGAAAUCUAAUACAGUAGAAGAAACCUUGAUUUCCAAAGAUGGAAAUGCUGAAGUCAUAAAACCUGUGUUAGCAGAGUCUUCAGCCAGGGCUACAUUUGUAGUUGGCAGCUGCAACCCUGUGGAAACUUCUGCAGUUCUUAAUAGAAAAGAAGAAGAAACUGAGUUACCCAAAGAACCACGUUCUAUUGAGGAAUGUGUUCGUAUACUUGGAAAUGCAGAGAAGGGAGCAAAAUUCCUUACGGAUGCUGAAGUUAUCAGCUUAGUUAAUGCUAAGCACAUUCCUGCAUACAAACUGGAAACCUUGAUGGAAACUCAGGAGCGUGGGGUGUCCAUCCGUAGACAGAUGUUAUCUAAGAAACUCCCUGAACCUUCGUCUUUGCAGUAUCUUCCUUAUAGGAAUUACAACUACUCUUUGGUUAUGGGAGCUUGCUGUGAAAAUGUGAUUGGCUAUAUGCCUAUUCCUGUAGGCGUAGCAGGGCCGCUGGUCUUGGAUAACAAAGAGUUUCAAGUUCCUAUGGCAACUACAGAAGGAUGUCUUGUGGCAAGCACAAAUAGAGGAUGUAGAGCCAUAUGUCUUGGUGGAGGAGCAAGUAGUUGUAUUCUAGCAGAUGGGAUGACCCGAGGGCCUGUUGUAAGGCUGCCCACCGCUUGCCAGGCCGCAGAAGUGAAGGCUUGGCUUGAAAGCUCUGAAGGUUUUAAAAUAAUAAAAGAAGCUUUUGACAGCACAAGUAGAUUUGCUCGCCUACAAAAACUUCUCAUCAGUUUGGCUGGUCGUAAUCUUUAUAUCCGCUUUCAGUCUAAGACAGGGGAUGCAAUGGGAAUGAAUAUGAUUUCAAAAGGUACUGAAAAAGCACUGGCGAGUUUGAAUGAAAAGUUUCCUGAUCUUCAGCUUAUAGCUAUUAGUGGGAACUACUGUACAGACAAAAAGCCCGCUGCCAUAAACUGGAUAGAGGGAAGAGGCAAGUCUGUUGUGUGUGAGGCAGUCAUUCCAGCCAAGGUGGUCAGAGAAGUAUUGAAGACUACUACGGAAGAUAUAGUUGAAGUCAAUAUAAACAAAAACCUGGUGGGUUCCGCGAUGGCUGGUAGCAUAGGUGGCUGCAAUGCACACGCAGCAAACAUUGUGACAGCCAUCUACAUUGCCUGUGGUCAGGAUGCUGCGCAGAACGUGGGCAGCUCUAACUGCAUCACUCUGAUGGAGCGCACCGGCUCCAGCAAGGAGGACCUGUACAUCAGCUGCACCAUGCCCUCCAUAGAGAUCGGCACUGUUGGGGGAGGCACCAACCUGCUCCCGCAGCAGGCCUGCUUGCAGAUGCUAGGGGUUCAAGGUGCAAGUCAAGAUAAUCCUGGUGAGAAUGCCCGUCAGCUUGCCAGGAUUGUGUGUGCUACGGUGAUGGCAGGGGAACUCUCACUAAUGGCAGCUCUUGCAGCUGGGCAUUUAGUCAAAAGCCACAUGAUCCACAAUAGGUCAAAAAUGAAUCUGCAAGACCUUCAAGGAACCUGCUCUAAGAAAGCAGCUUGAAUACUAAACCAGCUUUAAAAUGAAGAAUUGUUUUAGCAACAGAGAAAGUGCACAGGAAAAAUUAAUGUAAUCUGUGAAGUUUAAAAUGAAAAUCACCUUCAGUUCAAUUACUUCUGAGGAAGGUAAACUGAAAGAUCAAUGGACUUGCAAUCAGUGAAACUACUUAUGCCUUUGACCUACUCCAACGGUUACAGAUGACUUCAUGAUAGAGGUCCUCUCCAUGGUUUUGAAUGGCUUUAGAAUUCUUACCCUUUUAUUCAUGGCUUUCUGAAGGGUCAACCUUCUGUUUUUGCAGGUUAAGAGUAUUUUGACUAGUAAACUCCUAGUUGCUACCAAGGUGAAAAGUAAUAUAAUGUACUUUGCAUUUUU